AUGGCAAGAGACACUGAUAACCAAUUCUCCAAAGAUGGCAAGGAUCAAGCUACACAGCGGCUGAAUCAAGUCUCCUCACACAUCUCCGCGCCAAAGACAGAUAAGCCAGCCACCGCCAAACCAAAAUCUAAAAUUACAGCAUCCCAUCUCCCAGCAGAUCACUCCGAUGUUCUCAGUCAAAUAUCCGAGCUGCGCAGAAUAGCUGCGACGCCAGACCCAAAUUCUCGGGGCUACAUCCGGCAAAAGCAAGCUGGUAAACUAUGGGUCCGCGAGCGUAUCGACCAGCUUCUUGACCCAAAUUCGUUCCAGGAAAUUGGCUCUGUGUCUGGGACAGUAACAUGGAAGAAAACGGCACCAAUGCGCGAGACACCCGUGACUUUUGUUCCUAGCAAUAAUGUCCAGGGCGCAGGAACGCUCCGGGGCAGGAAGGUACUGCUUACAGCAGACGACUUUAGUAUUCGGUCUGGACAUGCGGAUGGAGCUAGUUCCGAGAAGACAGUAUAUGUGGAGAAAUUGGCUCUUGCUUUGCGGCUGCCUGUGGUGAAGUUGGUAGAUGGGAGCUCUGGAGGUGGGAGUGUGACGACUAUCAAGAAGGAAGGGUGGAGUUAUGUUCCGUAUGUGAGGCCUUUCAAGCCUGCAAUCCAGCAACUGAAUAUGGGCAUUCCAAAUUUGGGUGCUGUGGUUGGUCCUGCGAUUGGUCUCGGCGCAGCAAGAGUAGUCACUUGCCAUUUUUCGGUCAUGGCGGCAGAUAUUGGCGCACUUUUCAACGCUGGUCCGAAGGUUGUGGAAGGUGCCACAUUUGAAGAGGGUCUUGGAUUCCAAGAUCUCGGUGGCCCGCUGGUUCAUUGUACGAACGGAACAAUUGACAACCUAGCCGCAAACGAAGCCGAGUGUUUCGAACAGCUUCGUACCGUCUUGGGUUAUUUGCCCAACUCUGGAGCUGAUGCUCCACCAGUUAUUACGUGUGAUGAUCCCGAGGAUCGAGAAGACCUGGCAUUGCGCAGUAUAAUUCCCCGUCGUCAGGCACGAAUGUACAACCCCCGAGUGAUCAUCAAUUCUGUUGUUGAUCGGGAUUCAUGGUUUGAGAUUGGCGCGCUCUGGGGUCGCACGGCUAUUGGGGGAUUGGCACGUCUUUCUGGUCAUCCUGUUGGAAUUAUUUCACUGAAUUGUGAAGUAAACGGUGGUGCACUCGAUGCAGCUGGUAGCCAGAAACUCACUCGGCUGCUGAAGAUGUGCGAUGUGAUGAAUAUUCCAAUUCUGCAGUUUAUUGACGUCCCCGGCUACGCAAUCGGUACUGUUGCCGAACGCAACGCAACUAUGCGCUGGGGUGUCGAGCUUGCAAAGACCUACUUCACUACCACGAUCCCAAUAUUCAAUGUGAUUACCCGGCGGGCCUUUGGCGUGGCUGGAGGAGUCAUGCUCGGAUCUCGGGACCCAGUUAUGCAAGUUGCAUGGCCGUCUGGGCAGUGGGGUUCAUUGCCGCUAGACGGGGGUAUCGAGGUGGGACACCGGCAUGAACUGCGGGAAGCAGAGAAGGAGGGCAAGAAAGAAGAACGAUACAGUGAAUUAGAAGAGGAGUAUCAGCGGCUGAUGAAUCCUGUCCGAACUGCAAAUGCCUUCGGUGUCGAGGAGAUUAUUGAUCCGAAGGACACCAGGCAGGUUUGUUGUUCGUGGGUAAAACAUGUUUAUGAAGUGCUCAUGAAGGAGAGGUUAACGGAUCGUGCUUGUGGGAAGAUCCAUCCUUCCUUUGCUUGA